UACAGAUGAAGGUCAACGGCCAAACAUACAGUGAUCUUCUAUAAAAACCAAGAAAACUAGUUGCCCAAACUAAGUUCGAAAAGUUCUACUUCAAUAUAUAUAAGCAUAAAAUGGAUUCAAUAAACAGUAAUGAGGAUGUUUCAAAUGUUGAUGUGAUUAGUGCAAAGGUUCUGAUCUCCUCAGGUCACACUUACUUAGAUGUGAGGACUGUUGAAGAGUAUAAUAGAGGACAUAUUGAUAAUGCGAUUAAUAUUCCAUACAUGUUCCUCACUGAUGAAGGAAGGGUAAAAAAUCCAGAUUUUCUUGACCAGGUCUCCUCAGUGUGCCAAAAGGAGGACCAUCUAAUUGUGGGGUGCAACAGCGGAGGGAGGGGACGUAAAGCAUGUGUCGAUCUCCUUAAUGCGGGGUACAAGGAUCUAAGAAACUUGGCUGGGGGGUACUCAGCAUGGGUGGAUAAUGAGUUUAAAGGAGAUGAAGCUGCUGUUCAACAGUUCAAAACUGCCUGCAAGUUUCGUCCAUGAGUCAACAGAUGGAUUGCUUGAACAUUCACAAGAAUUUAUUUUCUAUGCCCAAGUGAUCAUUUCAGAUGUAAUGGAAAAUAAAAUAACAUUUCAAAUAAGCAUAUGUAGAAUUUGUAUUACAUUUUGAUUUUAAGCUGUUUUGUCCAAAUGAUUUUUGUCUGGACCUAUUUAAUGCUGUUAGAGCUUGUUAAUGUUGUUUAUUUGAAGUAUAAAUUAUGUGUAAUCUUGGAAAUGGAAUAAGUAAUAAUUGUUCGAGCUCCUCUAUCCGUA